UGUUGGUGGCAGCGCUGAGGAGCCCCCACUGCCCUGUCAUGGCGUCUGCUCUCACUGUCCUCCUCCUCGGCUGCUGGCUGGCCGGGUGGAGCGGGGUGUCAGGACAGGGGUCCUACCCCAAACCCUCCAUCUCUGUCAGCCCUUGUGGGGUGAUCCCCGUGGGAGGAAAUGUCACCAUCCAGGGUGGGCAUCAGUACCUGGGCAUGACGUUCCUCCUCUACAAGGCUGGAGAUGGGAACUAUCUGACUUACACAGACCCUGCUGGCUCUGAGGCUGAAUUUCCCAUCACCAGAGCCAGACGGGAACACGGUGGCAGCUACUCCUGUCGUUAUAGCGACAGAACAGUACGAGCUGCCUACUCGGAGCCCAGUGACCCUGUGCAGAUCAUUGUAGCAGAGCCCAGCUACCCCAAACCCAACAUCUCUCUGAGACCCAGCGGGGGGGUCUCCCUGAGGGCAGCUGGGACCAUCCAGUGUCGGGGGCAGCGCCUGGGCAUGCGAUUCAUGCUGAAUAAAGAUGGACGCCAUUUCCAAACUGUGGAUUCGGACGGGUUCGAGGCUGUGUUUACCAUCAGCAACGUGAGCUGGGAGGACGGCGGGAAUUACAGCUGCUCCUAUCACAGCAGAUCGGAGCCGUUCGCCGUGUCAUACCCCAGCGACCCCGUGGAGCUGGUGGUGAGAGAUCGCAGCUUAUCCAGACCCUCCAUCUCUCUGAGCCCCACUGGGGUCACCGCCCCAGGGGCAGACAUCACCAUCCGGUGUCAGGGGCAGCGCCGGGACGUGAGGUUCUUCCUGCACAAGGCUGGAGACCAGAACCCGCCGCGACACAUGGACCCUGCUGGGGACGGGGCCGAGUUCCGCAUCCCCACCGUGGGCCGGCAGCACGGAGGGAGCUACAGCUGCAGCUACCGGCUCCAAUCACAGCCCUUCGUCUCGUCGCAGCCCAGCAACCCCGUGCAGCUGGUGGUAGCAGAUGAGAGGCCCAACGGAUCGGAAUCGCUGGAACCUAUGGGUCCGACUAGCCCCAUCAUCGCCGGGGUGAGCGCGGCAGCCGCCGUCCUCCUCCUCCUCCUCGUGGCCUUCGUCUGCUUCAGAAAAACCCGAGCCAGAAAAGGAGCCGCACCGAGACCGAGCAGCCCCUUGAGGGUAUUGAAGACCCCGGCACAGCAAGACCCCAUCUACUCCUCCAUCGAUGAAGGGAAAGAGACGCAGACCCUGCCCCAGGAGCCCGACCACGGUGCCGAUGGACUCACCUACGCCGAGCUGGACGGCUGGGCGCUGCACACCAAGCGGGGGGGCCUGGCCCCUGCCCCUGAGGCCGCCCAGUCCAGCGUUUAUGCCGCGAUCAACGUGAGCCGGGGGGCCCCGCAAUGAGAGCCCUGCGCAGCCAUGGGGUACCACCCCGAGGGGGCAACAGACUCACAGACUUUAAGGCCAGAAGGGUCCUUUGUGAUCAUCUUGUCUGAGCUGCUGCACAUCGCAGGCCACAGAGCCUCACCCACCCACUCCUGUAGCAGACCCCAGCCUCCGGCUGAGUCACUGACGGCUUCAAAUCAUGGGUUAAAGACGUCAAGUUUCAGAGAAUCCACCACUGACACUACAGUGACUCCGCACUUAACGGUGUAGUUCUGUUCCUGAAAAAUGCGACUUUAUGUGAAACGAUGUUAAGUGAAUCCAAUUUCCCCAUAAGAAUUAAUGUAAAUGGGGUGGUUUAGGUUCCAGGGAAUUUUUUUCCGCCAGACCAAAGACAUUAUAUACAUAUAUAGUAUAAGUUUUAAACAAUUCUAAACAAACAGUUGAAUACUGUCCACAGCAAUGAUGAUUGUGA